GAGAAUCAGGAUGAAAAGAUGGCCGCCAUGCUGUUACCAACGGGUCCUGAUGGCUUGCACCGGUUCACUCGCGAAUCCCUGUCCGCCAUCGAGCAGCGGAUUGCCGAGGAGCAGGCCAAGAACGCCAAGGAUUACCAGGAGGAUCUGGGCAACGUGGAGCUGCCCAUGCCCAGGCCCGACCUGGAGGCCAGCAAACAGCUUCCACGUAUCUUUGGUGACAUUCCCCCAGGACUGGUUGGGGUACCUCUUGAUGACAUCGAUCCCUUCUACUUCAAGAAUCAGAGGGUGAGUGAGGGAUGUGUGUGUGUGUGUGUGUGUGUGUUGGGGGGGUGGCACAGGAGGUUGGUGGUACCUUAAUUGGGGAGGAGGCUCGUAGUAAUGGCUGGAGCGGAAUAGGAGGAAUGAUAUCAAAUACAUCAAAUACAUGGUUUGAUGAUAUUCCAUUCGCUCUGUUCCAUUAUUAUGAGCCGUCCUCCCUGGAGGGAAGGGGGGGGGGGGGGACAUGAAACAUGAUAUCUCUGACUCUCUAUGAUAGUGCCAAUACAGUACUGAGAUAUUCAUGGUAACUUGAUAGAUCAGAGCAAUUAAACACAGUAUAAUACAGUAAAAGUGACUAUUCAAAUGUAAAAUAAAAAUACGUUUUACUGUAAUUACAAGGGAUUAGAGCAGGGUUCUUCAAUUCCGGUCCUGGAGUGCCGAAACACCUCUGUUUUUCAUCCUCUCCUUCUAAUCAGGGGCUAAUUCAGACCUGGGACACCAGGUGAGGGCAAUUAACUACCAGGUAGAAAUAAAAAACAGAAGUGUUUUGGCCCUCCAGGACCGGAAUUGAAGAACCCUGGAUUAGAGCAAGCAGGUUGGUGUAUCCAUAUUACAGCAUAUGAACGAACACCAGGUGUUUUAUAUCACUCGCACUUCUAGAGGCCUUAACAAAGGCUUCCAAACUGGCUGUGAUUACAGGGCAAAACAGGGUUAAAUAUUCAACCAUUAAAAGGUUUAAGACCUGCUACCACUCUGAUCUUUCCCCUAUAUUUAAUUGUUAGGGAACUACAUAUCACUUAAAUUAGUACAGGACUGUCACUAACGGGUGUAACAAUUAUAGACCCUUACAUGGCUCGUCAUUAAAAUAUGUUACUGAGCCAGUGAUUCUUUCUCCUCCCAAAAAUAUUUAUCCACAAUGCACCAUCAUUUACAGUAUGCUGCAUUAAAUAUAUAGCAAAACAGCAAUACAGUACUUUAUCGUUGAAUUGUAUUGAAAAUACAACCAGCAACUGCUAAUAGUGAAUAUUUAAUAAUAUAUUACACUAUACCCACUGAUAUUUGGUGUUUUAUAUGACUUGCACUUUAGGCCUUAACAAAGGCUGACUACAGGGCAAAACAGGUCAAAAGGACAUGGUUAAACAGUCAGUCAUUAAAGGUUUGCGAUUUGCUGCCACUCUGAUCUGCCCCUUAUAUUUAAUUGUUAGGGAACCAACACCGCAUAUCACUUAAAUUAGUACAGCACUCUCACUAAAGGAUGCAAAAAAAUAUAGCCUCUUUCAAGACACGCCUCAAAAUAUGUUAACACGUGAAAAACAACAAGACCAUGCACCCACUAGCGUUCAAAAUAUUUUUGGCGUUCCAAAAAUGCGGUAUGGUACUGUAUUCCGAAUUACAGUAAAUGACUGGCAGCAAUUGGCCAGAAGUUACUGUAGAGUUUCAGGACAAGGUUUGUAGAAUUCCUAAAAUACAGUAUAUUACCGUAUUCUGUGAGGUACAGCAUUCUCACUCACUGGUGCAACAAAUAUAGACUAACAGCGAAAUACUUACUUACAGGCCCUUCCCAACAAUGCAGAGUUAAAGAUAAAUAAAUAUAUACAGUGCCUUCGGAAAGUAUUCAGACCCCUUGACUUUCCCCACAUUUGGUUUCGUUACAGCCUUAUUCUAAAAUGGAUUAAAUUGUUUUUUUCUACACACAAUACCCCAUAAUGGCAAAGCCCAAAAAAUGUUUUAUUCCAUUUUGCUAAUUUAUAAAAAUAAUAAUAAUAAUGAAACAUGACAUUUACAUAACUAUUCAGACCCUUUUCUCAGUACUUUGUUGAAGCACCUUUGGCAGCGAUUACAGCCUCGAGUCUUCUUGGGUAUGACGCUACAAGCUUGGCACACCUGUAUUUGGGGAGUUUCGCCCAUUCUUCUCUGCAGAUCCUCUCAAGCUCUGUCAGGUUGGAUGGGGAGCGUUGCUGCACAGCUAUUUUCAGGUCUCUCCAGAGAUGUUCGAUCAGGUUGAAGUCUGGGCUCUGGCUGGGCCACUCAAGGACAUUCAGAGACUUAGGGUCGUUGUCCUGUUGGAAGGUGAAUCUUCGCCCCAGUCUGAGGUCCUGAGCACUCUGGAGCAGGUUUUCAUCAAGGAUCUCUCUGUACUUUGCUCCGUUCUUCUUUGCCUCGAUCCUGAUUAGUCUCCAAGUCCCUGCCUCUGAAAAACAUCCCUACAGCAUGAUGCUGCCACCACCAUGCUUCACCGUAGGGAUGGUGCCAGGUUUCCUCCAGACGUGACGCUUGGCAUUCAGGCCAAAGAGUUCAAUUUUGGUUUCAUCAGACCAGAGAAUCUGAGAGUCUUUAGGUGCCUUUUGGCAAACUCCAAGCAGGCUGUCAUGUGUCUUUUACUGAGGAGUGGCUUCCAUCUGGCCACUCUACCAUAAAGGCCUGAUUGGUGUAGUGCUGCAGAGAUGGUUGUCCUUCUCAAAGGUUCUCCCAUCUCCACAGAGGAACUCUAGAGCUCUGUCACAGUGACCAUCAGGUUCUUGGUCACCUCCCUGACCAAGGCCCUUCUCCCCCGAUUGCUCAGUUUGGCCAGGCGGCCAGCUCUAGGAAGAGUCUUGGUGGUUCCAAACUUCUUCCAUUUAAGAAUGAUGGAGGCCACUGUGUUCUUGGGGACCUUCAAUGCUGCAGAAAUGUUUUGCUUCAAUGCUGCAGAAAUGUUUUGGUACCCUUCCCCAGAUCUGUGCCUCAAAACAAUCCUGUCUCUGAGCUCUACGGACAAGUCCUUCGACAACAUGGCUUGGUUUUUGCUCUGACAUGCACUGUCAACUGUGGGACCUUAUAUAGACAGGUGUGUGCCUUUCCAGAUCAUGUCCAAUUAAUUGAAUUGACCACAGGUGGAUUCCAAUCAAGUUGUAGAAACAUCUCAAGGAAUGAUCAAUGGAAACAGGAUGCACCUGAGCUCAAUUUCGAGUCUCAUAGCAAAGGGUCUGAAUACUUAUGUAAAUAAGUAAAUAUUUAUAAUAAAUGUGCAAAACAAAUUAAAAACCUGUUUUCACUUUUUUCAUUAUGGGGUAUUGUGUGUAGAUUGCUGAGGAUUUUUAGUGAUUUAAUCCAUUUUAGAAUAAGGCUGUAACGUAACAAAAUGUGGAAAAAGUCAAGGGGUCUGAAUACUUUCCGAAGGCACUGUAUAUAUAUCUUUGAAAUAGUGACACGAGGAAUAAAUACACAGUGAAUAACAAAUAACGAGUAAAUAUAACAUGGUUAUAUACAGGGAGUACCAGGUAAUCACAUGGCUAUAUACUGGAAGUACCAGGUAAUCACAUGGCUAUAUACAGGAAGUACCAGGUAAUCACAUGGCUAUAUACAGGAAGUACCAGGUAAUCACAUGGCUAUAUACAGGGAGUACCAGGUAAUAACAUGGCUAUAUACAGGGAGUACCAGGUAUUUACAUGGCUAUAUACAGGAAGUACCAGGUAAUAAACAUGGCUAUAUACAGGAAGUACCAGGUUAUAACAUGGCUAUAUACAGGGAGUACCAGGUAAUAACAUGGUUAUAUACAGGGAGUACCAGUACAGAGUCGAUGUGCAGGGGUACGAGGUAAUUGAGGUAGCUAUGUACAUAUAGGUAGGGGUAAAGUGACUAGUCAACAGGAUAGAUAAUAGACAGUAGCAGCAGUAUACUGUAGGUAGGGGUAAAGUGACUAGUCAACAGGAUAGAUAAUAGACAGUAGCAGCAGUAUACUGUAGGUAGGGGUAAAGUGACUAGACAACAGGAUAGAUAAUAGACAGUAGCAGCAGUAUACUGUAGGUAGGGGUAAAGUGACUAGACAACAGGAUAUAUAAUAGACAGUAGCAGCAGUAUACUGUAGGUAGGGGUAAAGUGACUAGACAACAGGAUAGAUAAUAGACAGUAGCAGCAGUAUACUGUAGGUAGGGGUAAAGUGACUAGACAACAGGAUAGAUAAUAGACAGUAGCAGCAGUAUACUGUAGGUAGGGGUAAAGUGACUAGACAACAGGAUAGAUAAUAGACAGUAGCAGCAGUAUACUGUAGGUAGGGGUAAAGUGACUAGACAACAGAAUAUAUAAUAGACAGUAGCAGCAGUAUACUGUAGGUAGGGGUAAAGUGACUAGGCAACAGGAUAGAUAAUAGACAGUAGCAGCAGUAUACUGUAGGUAGGGGUAAAGUGACUAGACAACAGAAUAUAUAAUAGACAGUAGCAGCAGUAUACUGUAGGUAGGGGUAAAGUGACUAGACAACAGGAUAGAUAAUAGACAGUAGCAGCAGUAUACUGUAGGUAGGGGUAAAGUGACUAGACAACAGAAUAUAUAAUAGACAGUAGCAGCAGUAUACUGUAGGUAGGGGUAAAGUGACUAGACAACAGGAUAGAUAAUAGAUUAGCAGCAGCGUAUGAGGUGAGUGUGGAAUUGUGUGUGUGUGCUGUCAGUGUGCAUAUGUGCGCAAGUUAUGCGUGUGUGGGCGUAUGUAGUGUGUGUAUGUGCGCGCGCGUGUGUGUGUGUGUUGGUUUGCCAGUGUAAGGAUGUGUGAGUGUGUGUGCAUAGAGUUAGUGCGUAGAGAGUCAGUGCGUAGAGAGUUUGUGCGUAGAGAGUCAGUGCAUAGAGAGUUAGUGCGUAGAGAGUUUGUGCGUAGAGAGUCAGUGCAUAGAGAGUUAGUGCGUAGAGAGUCAGUGCGUAGAGAGUCAGUGCGUAGAGUCAGUGCGUAGAGAGUCAGUGCGUAGAGAGUCAGUGCAUAGAGAGUUAGUGCGUAGAGUCAGUGCGUAGUGAGUCAGUGCGUAGAGAGUUAGUGCGUAGAGAGUUAGUGCGUAGAGAGUCAGUGCGUAGAGAGUCAGUGCGUAGAGAGUCAGUGCGUAGAGAGUCAGUGCGUAGAGAGUUAGUGCGUAGAGAGUUAGUGCGUAGAGAGUUAGUGCGUAGAGAGUCAGUGCGUAGAGAGUCAGUGCGUAGAGAGUUAGUGCGUAGAGAGUUAGUGCGUAGAGAGUUAGUGCGUAGAGAGUUAGUGCGUAGAGAGUCAGUGCGUAGAGAGUUAGUGCGUAGAGAGUUAGUGCGUAGAGAGUCAGUGCGUAGAGAGUUAGUGCGUAGAGAGUCAGUGCGUAGAGAGUCAGUGCGUAGAGAGUUAGUGCGUAGAGAGUCAGUGCGUAGAGAGUCAGUGCGUAGAGAGUUAGUGCGUAGAGAGUUAGUGCGUAGAGAGUCAGUGCGUAGAGAGUUAGUGCGUAGAGAGUUAGUGCGUAGAGAGUUAGUGCGUAGAGAGUUAGUGCGUAGAGAGUCAGUGCGUAGAGAGUUAGUGCGUAGAGAGUCAGUGCGUAGAGAGUCAGUGCGUAACACUUUAUUAGUACAGACCAUCUGUAGAUGCUCUACAGACUAUCAGCAACAUUUCAACUAACUAUCUAGUAACCCUAGCGCUAACCCUAACCUUAACCCUUACCCUAACCCUAAACUUAACCCUUACCCUAACCCUAGCCCUAACCUUAAACCUUACCCUUAUUCUAAACCUAAUCCUAACCGUAACCUUAGCAAACAAUUGCUUAUCAACAGAUAGUUUGUUGAUAGUAGAGCUUCUACAGAUGGAAAAUCCAGACUAUUCAAAUAAAGUGACUGUUAGUUCAAAAAAGGGUAAAUGCAGGUAGUCUGGGUAGCCGUUUGAUUAGCAGUCUGGGUAGCCGUUUGAUUAGCAGUCUGGGUAGCCGUUUGAUUAGCAGUCUGGGUAGCCGUUUGAUUAGCAGUCUGGGUAGCCGUUUGAUUAGCUAUUUCUCAGUCUUGUUUAGCAGUCUUAUGGCUUGGGGGUAGAAGCUGUUCAGGGUCCUGUUGGAUCCAGACUUGGUGCGCUGGUACCGCUUGCCGUGCAGUAGCAGAGAGAACAGUCUAUGGCUUGGGUGGCUGGAGACCAUUACCAGAGUCAUAGAUCAGGCCUCUCUGUCCAUUACCAGAGUCUAUACAGAGUCAUAGAUCAGGCCUCUCUGUCCAUUACCAGAGUCUAUACAGAGUCGUAGAUCAGGCCUCUCUGUCCAUUACCAGAGUCUUUACAGAGUCAUAGAUCAGGCCUCUCUGUCCAUUACCAGAGUCUUUACAGAGUCAUAGAUCAGGCCUCUCUGUCCAUUACCAGAGUCUUUACAGAGUCAUAGAUCAGGCCUCUCUGCCCAUUACCAGAGUCUUUACAGAGUCAUAGAUCAGGCCUCUCUGCCCAUUACCAGAGUCUUUACAGAGUCAUAGAUCAGGCCUCUCUGUCCAUUACCAGAGUCAUAGAUCAGGCCUCUCUGUCCAUUACCAGAGUCUAUACAGAGGGAUGAAAAAAGGACGUGGCAGGUACUCAUUCUCUCUCUGAGUCUCUUUGUAUUGGCAUUUGAUGCUGCUGCUUGAUGCUGCUUUAUGCUGCUUGAUGCUGCUGCUCAUGGCCGGCCCGCUCAUUAGGCAGGAUUAGGCCGCCGGCUAUGGCGGCAGAUUGACGAGGGCGGCAUUUUCUGAGCUAAACUGACCAAGACAGACGCACUUCCAACAACAACACAUAAAACCUCACAUAAUUCUGCCCAAAAACAAUGACAAUUUCUCUCAACCAGUGGCAUAUGGGACCCGUAUAGCUCAGUUGGUAGCUCAUUUGGUAGAGCAUGGCGUUUGCAACGCCAGGGUUGUGGGUUCGAUUCCCAUGGGGGGCCAGUAUGAAAAAUAAAUACAAAUGUAUGCACUCACUAACUGUAAGUCGCUCUGGAUAAGAGCGUCUGCUAAAUGACAAAAAAUGUAAUAUGUGCUUUUUAGGUGAGCGCUGAUGCCGCCCUUUGAUAAGCAGUGCCCACAACGUCAAAAGGCAGGGGCACAAAACAUUUAGCUUGUCCAUUCCCAGCGCGCCUCUCCAGGGUACUGUUGGGGAGACGCAUCUCUGCAGCGCUCCACCAACGUUCCGUAAAAAAAGAAAUCUGACAUAAAUCGUGUAGUAGAUAUAGGAUAUGGUAGAAAGAGUAUGUAGUCUUUUAUGUAGCCUACAGGCUACAAUGUAAUGAGACAGAAACUUUUUUUUACAUCAUGCAGAUUUCCCUGAUCAAAUAGCCUAACCUAAAUGGCGCUCAAUCAAAUAAAAAGACGCGCUGUCAUGUUAACAAAGAACGUAUCCUAAAAACAGGACAGGUCAAAGUAAAAUGGACAAUAUGGACAAUCACAACUGUUGCCCGUUGUCAUGAUCAAUGGUUUCAAGUUAGUAUCCGUCAAUUUUUGACAAGCUGAUCAUAGUGAAAAAGGAAAAUACUUCUGCAUUUACCACUGUGUAAACACAUAAAGUUGGGUAGCUGACAUUCAGAGUUUAAAUAUCCAAAUUGAUUAGUCACAGGAAUCAUGACUAAUAAAGCCAGUGUAACGUCCUGUUUUACAAACGGUGGGCCUACCACAUAGAUGGGCAUUCAUAAAAUUCAAUUUCAGUCAACACUUUAAGCUCAACCCCAGUGAGCGCAGACUGACGCCUUUUGGAUGUCUUUUUUUGGUGCAGUUGCGGACCGGCCUUGAUUUCCACUUCCACGGACAUUGGGUUUUGGUCCGGUCCGGACCAAAUCUGAACCAACAAUAGAGGUCUAUGUUUGGUUCAGAUUUGGUGCAGUCCAGACCUGCCUUGAUUUCAACGUCCAAGGACAUAGAUUUUUGGUCCGGUCCGGACCAAAUCUGAACCAACAAUAGAGGUCUAUGUUUGGUUCAGAUUUGGUGCAGUCCAGACCUGCCUUGAUUUCAACGUCCAAGGACAUAGAUUUUUGGUCCGGUCCAGACCAAAUCUGAACCAAUCAUAGACGUCUAUGUUUGGUUCAGAUUUUGUCCGGUCUGGACCAGCCUUGAUUUGGCCCAAACGUCUAUAAAUUAUUUAUUUUCAACUUUCAUUCAGAACCGAAAAUGAGCCUCAUUUCAACAUCCGGAAAAUACAUAUUUUCAACUUCUGUAAAAUACGUAUUUUCGAAAUCAGGAAAAAAAGUAUUUUCACCUUUCAUUCAGCAUCUAAAUUGAACCUAACUUCAACGUCUGGAAAAUACAGAUUUUAGAUGUCUUUUCAACGUCAUUUUGCUUACUGGGACUAUUCUAGUUUUGCGGGGGGGGGGGAAUGUUUUGGUCUCGGCUAUGGCAGCAGAACGGCAAAGGACCGGCCCUGCUGCUGUUGGAUGGUGGGAUUAACCAAAGACUAAUAAAUAUUUAAAUAAAUGCGGACACAUCUGUUCAGUAAAUAUUCAGACUGCUUUGCAGAAGAGUUGCCUGCAUUAGCUGGGCUGGGCUGGUAUUAUAGUGCACUGACUGGCUCUGUUGAUGGGAAGGAGUUCACGGCUUCAACCUGGCUGGGUUCAAAUACUAUUCGAAGAUUUCAAAUAGUAUUUGAACCCAGGUUAUUCUGGGAGGACUGCAGGGCUGCCUAGAAAUUGCUUACCGUUGAUGUAGACAGAUGGUAGACACAGUCAGAUUCUCAACAAUAAAUCCUGUCCGGUACACACAAUCAUCUAUUUAUUGACUCCUGUUUUAGAACAGGUUAUUUGGACCAGCACAGACAACAGAGUGUUGAUUUACUCAAACCUACCCCAGCUUAAAAGACCCCCCACCUGGUUUAGAUCGAAUAGAUUAUUAUGCACUUUACAACUAUUUGUUUACUGUGAUUUGACCACAACUUUUAUUACUACUAAUGCAUUUUUCCUCUUUCUUUCUUUCCUCAGACUUUUAUAGUAGUAAAUAAAGGGAAGGCCAUCUUUCGGUUCAGUGCCACGUCUGCUCUCUAUAUAUUUACCCCUUUCACCUUCCUCAGAAGAAUCUCCAUCAAAGUCCUAGUCCAUUCAUAUCCUUUACAACGGUCUGUCUGUCUACCUGUGGUUAGUGAUGAACCCAGAGGAAAACAGUUCUAU